AAGUCGGAAGUUACAUUUAGCCCCAGAACUCUGCAGGACCUUUACAGUAACACCAUACAACAGAGGAAACGUUUGUUAAAAGUUCGAGACUGUCGGCCUGUGAAGUUUAAAUUGUGGGUUUUGCGAUGAGGGCACUGACAUUGCAGCAGGUAAACAUAGCCCAAGAAGAAGAGCAGCUGCCGGCUGCAUGUGGGAGAAGUUUGUCCUCCAACUAUUCUCCUCCAAGUCUGGAGAAUAGGAUUCUAGCUCAAGCCUCCACAAUGAAGCCCAAUCCUUUGUCUUCACUCUCAAACUCUGCUGUGCAACCUUACACUUGCCCAUCUCUCCAGCCUUCCAUUUUAUCUUCCACUUCAUCCUUGCUUCUCUCUUCCUCUGCAACAUCCCUCACCUCACCCCUCCUCAGUACCCAGAACAAGCUCUUAACUAGCAAUUUGCCACAAUUCUCUCAUUCAUUUGCAUCCUUUGCCCAAAGUGAGCCUUUGCUCUCAACAUCCUUGGGAAGUGGUGCUCUGCUCAACCGUCUUGCUCAAGCUCCAUCAUUUAUGCAUCAUGGUAUUGAUGAAGAACAGAAAAGGGGUGAUGGAGGAGAUGAGGAUGUCCUGGAAAUAUCUGAAGAGAUGCAGUCCAGUUUUGAGGGAACAAGUUUGCAGCAUCCUAAUGAAGAUGAUGUAUUGUCUGAAAAUGAGGGGGAGGCUGAUGCUGAGACAACCGUGGACUUACCUGUCCUGGAAACAGAGCUGAGCAACCAGGAAAUUGGAGACGCUGUGGUCAUCAGACAAGAGGAAUUUGCAGAGCUUGAUAAAGGAAAUGAAAAAGCUAAAGAGGAAUUAAAAGAUAAAAAGUACCUCUUGCUGAAUGCAGUAUGUUGCUCCUUGGUUAAUAAAAGCAAAGCUCCAGGCCAACAGGGCUGGGACUCGGAUGACAGUGUUUGGACCACCAUUAUAAACCUGGCAAAGGGUAUCUCUGACUGUGACCCACAGUUUCUUCUCAAGGUGGCAGUUUACUGCAGACAAGAGUUAAACAUCCGCAUCACAGCAAACUUCUUGUUGGCUCUGGCUGCCAGUCUGCCCUCAACCAAGCAGCAUGUCCGCAGAUACUUCUGUGCUGCUGUGCAGCUGCCCUCCGACUGGCUGGAAGUAGUCAGAAUCUACAGUACAUGCUUCAGCCGUUCUCUGCCAAUGUGUCUGAAGAAGGGGAUGACUGACAAGUUCAAGCAGUUCAGCGAAUAUCAGCUGGCCAAAUACAACACACGCAAACACCGCUGCAAACACAACCACAAGAAACGCAAAGGAAAGAAACCAACUGAUGAACAAUUAAAGAAGUGGGCAGACCUGCUCAGAUCAGAUACUUCUAUUCUGAAGAAGUUUCUGCAGAUAGAAGACGACAGAGUGGUGGAUAAAAAGCAAAGUGAGUUCAGCAUGAAGAAGCUGAUCAAAAGGCUUCACAUUAAAGAACCUGCUGAACAUGUAAUGGCCAUCCUGGGAAGAAAGUAUCCUAGUGACCCAAAGGAGUUCAAUCGCUCUGGAAUAAAGGGUGUGUGGGACAGAGAGAGAGCUGGGCAGCGAAUGAAACUUAAAGAGCCCCAAACGUGGGAGAGGCUGCUCAGCUUGGAAGGCAACAAGGCAGCAACCUGGGAGAAACUCAUAGACAGCAAGUGUCUUCCAUUCAUGGCCAUGCUGAGGAACCUGAGGAACAUGAUCACUAAAGGCAUAAGUGAGGCUCAUCACAAAAAGAUCCUCAGCAGACUGACCAAUCAGAAAGCGAUUAUUCAGAGCAGACAGUUUCCUUUCAGAUUUCUCGCUGCCUACAAAGUCAUCAUGGAGCUGCACACUUUGGCCUCUGCAUCGCAGCAAGCAACACCCUCCACUAAAGAGAUCCUGGCGAGCAUCUUGAAAAAUAUCCCCAAAAGCAGGCGCUUCAAUCGGCAGGACUGGGAGACGACUCAGAGGGGCCGAAAAAAGGUGACGCUUGGGGUGCCGUUUAUCUAUCGGCUGUACCAACUGAAGAAGGCCCAAAUCAUAAAGGCCAAUCAGAGGCAGUACACUGUUGAGCUGUUGGACCGUUACCGUAAAGCUCUGGAGACAGCGGUUCAGAUCUCCUGUCGUUACAACGUUCCCCCGCUUCCUGGGAGGACCGUUAUCCUGCUCUCCUGUUCCUUUUCAGACGAUGUGUCUUGGAGUCGGAAACAGGACUUCUGCCUCCCUCCAGAUCCGGAACAAAAAGAGGAGCAGGAGGAUGAGGAAGAAAAAAAUGACUCCAUGAGGAGGGAGGAGCCUAGCAAACUCACUCCUUCUAUGAUGGAGGUGGCAGCUCUGCUCGCUCUGAUGAUUAACAGCAGCGCAGAAGAUUGCCAGCUCUGCUUAAGCUCAUACAGUCACUGUGAAGAAGCCAAGCUGGAGUCUGACAAGCUGUUGGACAAUGUCAGAUCUGUGCUCAAACAAAUGGAGAAGUGUUCCAGUCAGUCAGAGUCAGACAGGAGUUUCUUUUACAGAAUGCUCACCACUAAAAACAAGAUUGACAACAUCAUCGUGCUGACAGAAUCCUGGUUGGCCAGUGAAGUUGAGCAGGCCAUCAGGACCUACAAGAAAGAGAUGAACAACAAAGCCCUGGAGGUGCAAAUCUAUUUGUCAGAGAGGACACACGAAGACUCUCCUGACAGGAACAGUGUGAAACUGAGCGGCUUCAGUGAGCAAAUGCUGAGAUUUGUGGCAGAACGAGGAUCUUCUAGGCUGCUGGAUCAUGUUGAACAUUUGGACAAGCUGUACAACAUACCACCACCAGAGGGCGCUACAGGCCCCCAGACCUUGGACAACAUUGUUUCUAUACCAGCCAGCCCAAAAAUAAGGUGGCAAGGUGUGCGAGUGUUCAUCUCCUCCACCUUCAGAGACAUGCACGCUGAGCGGGAUGUCUUGGUACGGAGCGUCUUCCCAGAGCUCCGGCGCCGUGCUGCCAUGCACUGCCUCAGCCUACAGGAGGUGGAGCUGCGCUGGGGUGUGACAGAGGAGGAGUCGGAGAGGUCCACUGAUCUUUGUUUGUCUGAGGUGUGUCGCAGCCAGAUGCUGGUGGGGAUCCUGGGGGAGAGGUAUGGCCAGGUGCCCCCCAGACCUGCCCUGCCUGACCUGCCACAGUACAGCUGGUUGGCCUCGGCCCCGGAGGGACUGUCUAUCACAGAGAUGGAGAUCCGUCAGUUCCAGGCUCUUUACCCUGAAACAGCACACCAGCGGAUGCUCUGCUACAUCAGAGAUCCAAAUAUCAUUAAAUCAGUUCCUGUAGCUUGGAGGUCUCAUUUUGCUCCUGAAUCAAAGGAAGCUGAGGAUAAAAUGUCGUCUUUGAAGACAAGACUUUUGGCCAGUGAUGUCAAAGUCACUGAAAAUUACUCUUGUGCGUGGGGAGGUGUCGUGGACGGAAAGCCAUAUCUAAAAAACCUGGAAGACUUCGGCAAGUCCGUGCUGGAGGAUCUUUGGGCGGCUGUUAAGAAACUGUUUGUGGAAGAGGGGGGCCAGGCUGAAGCUGCAUUGGAAGUGUUUGAGCAGGAGGUUCACCAGGGGGCGUUGCAAAGGCAGUUCUUUGGCAGGGCGAAGGUGCUGUCCGGUGCUGUGGAGAUGGUGGAGCAGGCCCAGACCAAGGGAGGGAUGGUGGUGAUAGAGGGAGGACCCGGAGAGGGCAAAUCUGUCUUUAUGGCUGCUCUUGCAGAGGCGCUCAAAUCUGGAGUUAAGUCCAGAAGAAACCUCAGCUGUGACGUCAUCUCCUACUCUACUGCUGCUAGUCAGCCAGCACGCUCUGUGGAAAACCUGCUUCGCUGCCUCAUUCAGUGGCUGCGAAAGAUGAAAGAAACAGACGAGGGAUCUCCUCCUCCCCAUUUGUACAAAGAUAUGCUGUCAGAAUUUCACACCACAUUGAAGGACAUGAAGAAGAACAAGCCUCUGGUGCUGCUGGUUGAUGGGGUUGAUCUCGUCCAGGAUGGCAGAGGACAGCUCAGUUCUGAUUGGAUCCCACAGCAGCUUCCACAGGGUGUGUGUUUAGUGCUAAGCAUCACAUCCAAAGCAGCUCUGCUGCAAACACUGGCCAAGAAAAGAGCAACUCUCCUGUUUUCCCUGGGACAGCUCAGCAUGCCGGACAGAAAGGAGAUCGUUCAGAAGGAACUGGAUACCUUCGGGAAGAAACUCAGCGACUCUGCAUUCAACAACCAGCUUCAGACAUUAAUAACGAAGAAAGGAGCAGUGAGUCCUCUGUACCUGUACCUGGCCUGCGAAGACCUGAGGAACUUCUCCUCUUUUGAUAAGUUGAAGGAGAGCCUGCAGGGUUUGCCGCAGUCUCUGAGCCAGCUGGUGCAGUACAGCCUGGAGAGACUCUGCUUGCAGCACAGAGGCAUGAUGGGACUCCGCUGGGCCCUACAAGCUCUCACUGUUAGCUCCACCGGCCUGAAGGAGAGAGAGUUGUACUCUGUACUGAACACAUGCAAUUGUCUGUGUUCGCGGGAUGGACAAGUCACGUGGCAGGAAGUGCUUCACCUAUCCAGGACGCCUGAAGGACGCAUUCCCAUGGCAGUUUUUACCCGUAUAGUGCAGUGUUUGCAAAGUCUGAUUGGUCCGUCUCACUGUCAUGACACUGACGACUUGCUGGUUCUUAACAAUCCGGAGGUGAAGCAAGCCUUCGAGGAUUUUCUUCUCCCAACAACAAGCGACAGAACCACAGCUCAUCUGAUACUGGCUGCUCAUCUGUGGGCGAUGGCGGACCCUCAGGGACAGGAUACCUUCCUUCAUUGUGAGGCCAACUCUGUCAUGCAUCUGCCUUCCAGCCUGAUUCAAAGUGGACAGCUGGAGAAACUCCAUUCCCUGCUCUCUAACUAUUAUUUCCUGCAUGCUAAUGUGAGCCACGGCCUCCUGCACCACCUUAUGGAGACAUACAGCUUGAAUGUUUCCUUACAGGGCCAUCUGGAAGACUGUCAUAGUUUCUUGAGACGUCACUCCUCCACACUCUCCACCUGGCCGGCUCUUUUCAUUCAGCAGGCCCUCAACGAGCCUUCAGGGACCUCUGCUCACACCUGGGCACAAGGCCUGGUGGGAAAAGGACUCCGGGUGGUUGAAUGUCUAAAUGACAUUACGGAAGGUCAAGAGAUCAGUGAGCUGGUGUCAACCUUCCCCUCUGAGCCGACCUGUGUGGCCAUGAGCUUGGAUGGAAAGCUGAUUGUUGUUGGAACUGGACAGGGAAUGUUGCACAUCCUCCAUUCUCAGACCGGACAGGAAGUGAAGUCACUGGUGAGCAGCUGUGAUGGCAUCUCAACUUGUGUUUUUCUGAAAGAUGCACGUCUUGCAUCCACAUCGUUUGAUGGACGAAUAGAGGUUUGGGACAUUGAGAAUGGAUGCAGGACUGCUCUUAUUGAUGGCCACACUAAUAUGAUAACCGCAAGUGACAUCACGCCAGACAGGAAGCACCUAGCUACAGUGUCCCUUGACUUCAUGCUAAAAGUGUGGUCCUCUGCUAAAGGUCAUGAAGUGGCCUCUCUGCCCACCAGCAGCCCGUUGAACUGUGUGACCUUCAACCCUGAGGGUCACCUGCUGGCUGCUGGAUGCUGGAAUGGAAACAUCAUUGUGUGGAACUGGCUCCAGAGUAAAACAGUGACAUCUCUGUGCGGUCACCAGCGGUCAGUUCGCAGCCUCUCCUUCUCCCCCUCGUCCUCCAUGCUCUGCUCUGGCUCUGUAUCCGGAGAGGUGAGGGUGUGGUCUGUACCCACCUCCACCUGUGUGGGAUGUUUCCAGGCUCACAGUGGAGCCACUGAAGCCUUGAGCUUCCUGGAGGAAGGCGCCUUGCUUCUGAGCGGCGGCUCAGAUCACACGCUCCAGCUCUGGUCAGGGGGACUUGGACGUUCAGUUGCUGCAUUAAAAAGUGAUGAACAGGAGCCUCCUCGGAAGAAAAUGAAACGUGUAAUGUCUGAACCUGCUGCUCUGUGCGUGGCUGUGAAUGGAGACUAUGCUGCUGUGGGUUACCAUGGUGACGGCAUUAAAGUCUUCAGUCUGGACUCAGGAGAGAAGAUUUGGACCUCCAGGGACCUUGACAUGUCUGUACAGUGCAUGCUGUGGGUGGUUGUGGAUGCAGAGCAGAAUGAGCCAGAGCUGCUAGUUUCUGGAGGAAGUGACAAACUACUGAGGGUGUGGAAGAGACAAGAUGAAGAGGAGGCCUUGAUGGGAGGCCUCAUCAGUCUGGGAGUGUUUGGGGUGCAAACGGGAACCAUCCUGGCAUUGGCCCAAAACUCCACUUAUCUGGCUACUGCUUCAGAUGACUUCACCAUUGUGCUGUGGUUAUUGAGCAAACUGGCCCUUGAAUCUGGGAAUGAUCCACAUGAGGUGCUCAGGAGCCACAAGGGAGGAGUCACCUGUCUGGCUUUCAGUCCUGAUGGUGCACAGCUGCUGUCUGGUGGAAAAGACCAGGCUCUGAUGGUGUGGGAUGUCAGCUCGUCUCCUGCUACUCUCUCUAAAUCGCUCCCUCAUGCUCACAGAGACUGGAUCACAGGCUGUGUUUGGACUCCAGGCUGUGUGAUAAGCUCUUCAAAUGAUGGGAGGCUUUGUUUGUGGGACUUGGAGGCAGGUCAGCAUCUCAGAGAAAUCUCCUGGAGGAAUCCACUUACCUCCGUCUGCUGUCUGGGACUGCAUGUGAUGGCCGGCUGCUCGGAGGGUGCACUGCAUGUUUGGAACUGGGAAACGAACACAGAAAUCUGCCACAUUUCUGCCCACAAGCAUCGCAUACACCACUGCUCUCUCCUCCCAAACACAGACAAGAAGAAAGAGGUGAAGCCAGAGAACAUGACAGUUAUCACAGCAUCUGAUGAUGGAACUGUGCAGCUCUGGAAACCCUUACAGGUGGAGCACUUUGGCACCUUCCAGGGUCACAGUGGGGCAGUUUAUGGAUUUGCCCAUAAGAAAGGAGCCUCAGAAUUCCUCACAGUUUCUGAGGACUGCUCACUCCGAUCCUGGACCUGGACAACAAAGACUCCUCCAAACCUGAAAGGCCCCAUUUCAGCUGUGUGCUUCUCUCAGACUGAUGAUGUGCUGCUUGCUUGUUACGAAACCGGUUUGCUGGAGUUGUGGCGACAUAACACAGUGGUUGGCCACAAACAGGUGUCAGACAGCUCCAUCGUAGCUGCCUGCUGCAUGCCUGGCGAUACGUUCGCUGUCAGCUACCAGAAAUACUUAGUUGUUGAUGUGUGGAAGAUGGUGUGGAACCAGCAGCAAAACAAAGCGAGUCUGAUGAAGGUAACCACGUAUAAAGUAACGAACCCAAUGGUGCGCCUCUUCUACUGCUCACUGCUGAUCGGUGUGACUGACAUGGGAUUAUUGUGUGAUGUGGCACGCCAGGAGACUGAUGAUUGGAACAGCACAAACUGCAGUUGGCAAAAUGAUGUCUGUAUUCUGGGGGUGACUCGUAACGACGAGAAAAGCUUGUGGCUGGUGGGCGAGUCAAACAACAAAGUUCGCGUUGGGUUUUUUUUUGGUAUCGGCCCCACGACUGAGGUCACUACAGCUUUUAGCUAUAUGAACAUGAAGUGUGACGUGGAAGAGGAGAAAGGAAGCUUGAUAACAGCUAUAUCUCUGGACAAAGAGUUUGUAGUGUGUGGAGACGUGGAUGGGAACAUGUGGUUCAAUCAGCAGCCAGAUGUUACCUCAUGGAGCAAAAGAAAACCUGCUCAUGGUGACCGGAUCAGCGAGCUGAGAAUCACUGACAGCAUCAUCAUUUCUGCCUCCUCCGACCACACAGUGAAGCUGUGGGACAGAAACACAAAAAGACAGGUGGGGAUGUUUGUGUGUGGAGGUCCGGUUCAGAUUUUAGAGGUGAAUCCACAAAAACCCAGUGAGCUGGUCUGUGCUGAUAGACAAGGAAAGCUUUAUUUUCUCUCAUGGAAAGAGUAAUCUUUUAUUGCACUCUCAAAGCUUGGAUUAAGGAGUUAUACUUUAUCAGUACUGUACCAAAGAUUCUGAGGAUUGUUUAUAUUUAUUGUCAAUGUGCAGUAAAUGUACUAAUAAAGGAAGCAGAUGCAUGUCUAUGAUGUUACACUGCUCUGUGUUUAGGUGUGGCUUUAUUUAGGGUGUAUUAAACUUGUUGAUGUGAAAAGCAAGUUUUCAAACCAAUCAGCUUUAAGUUUUGUAUGAUGAGAAUUCCUGAUAAAUUGUAAUUCAAAGGUUGUAACGGUGAAAAUGGGAACAUGGAAUAUGAAGAACUCAUGAAAAGGAGCAUGUGUUGUGUCUGUUUAUUUCUCCAAUAAAUGAUGUCCAAAUCA